UGGAAAUGAACAGCUGCUCUUGUGAAAAGGGGGGAACCUGCGGUCCACAGGCGUCUGCAGAGAUCACACAAAGGUCUUGACUGGCUUGUUGGGACAUGGGUGAGCUUAUGAAAUGCAGGUUAUGAUAUGAUUGUUUCUCAGAAAACAUACGACCAAAGUGUUUUCCGCCUCUUCCUGCACCUGUCGGCGACUUGGCGUUUCCACCCAUAACAGCCCUUAUUCGACUGAAGGCAGGACGCGGGCUCACAUUUCACAACGACAAUGCUGCCACCGCAGUCCAGUUGUUACUGAACCAAGGCGUCGCCUGUCACUCAACCUCGCCACCUAGUGGAACUUUGAAGGUUCAACUCCCUGCCGGUCGGCAGCAGCCUUCCAGACGACUACCUCCCUCAUUUGGGGAAAUGCCUGCGCUGCAACACGGCCCUCUGAUCCCAUCCGUUUCCCCCCCUCCCACUGAAGACAGAACAGCACUGAGCGCCUCUGCACAUUUCCAAACAAGAAAUUAAAAGCUCUUCUCCGGCAUCAGUGACGGGAGUUCAAAGGGGCUUUAAACGAGCAGCUCACAAGCGCCGUCCCUUUGACUGACACGCGUGUGAUAUGCGGCCCUGCUCCGUGGCUUCGUGCUAGAGCUGAUGCUGAUGCUGCCCGAAAGCCAGAGCAGCCAACGAGGAGGAAAUUGGGCCACACAGGAGAAGUCAAUCCCCAAAACAGGCUGCACAAACAAGAGCAAAGCCAGAGGGAACCGCCAUCCAAUAGAAUGCUCUCCACAGCUGCUCCAACAGCAACAGACAAUGGCACGUCGCCAACGCUGCCAACGAGUAAAUCUCACAACUGGGAGUUCCUGGUGGCUGUCCUGGUCACGGCCAUCUCCAUCUCCAUUGUUAUCGCCCUCAUAGCUAAAUGCCAGGUGAUCCGGCGCUAUCUGGACAGCUACAGGCACACGCGGCUGAGGGAGACAGACACCAUCAGCCAAUGCGACCCAUCAGGGCUGGAGGUGGAAUUUGACGUGCACGGGGCACGUGGGAUCAACCCUCACCGCGUCCCUCCCGUGAGCGAGGAAGACGACGACGGCUUCAUCGAGGACAACUACAUUCCGGCCAGCGAGAGAGCGAGAGCCGAAAGAGCAGCGGAGAACAUGGAGGACAUGGAGGACUUGGAGGACUUGGAGGACUUGGAGGACACGGAGGAGGAGAUGGAUGAAAUUGAGUUUUCCAUCGCUUAGCAGCCUAGCAUGUGAAUACCAGUGCACGAGGGUGUUGUCAUUUUAAGACUCAAUGCAAGGUACAUUAUUAAGCCAGCAGUUCUCAAUAUUAACAUAUGUCAUUUUUGUAAAUAUGGACAGAAACUAGCUGCCGUUCUACCUUUGGUUGAACGAUUACUUGAUUUGACAGCAAGAAAUGUGUACGAUUAGUAACAACAUAUGUACUGAAUAUGAACAGGGACAUUUCAAUGUACAUCUCUCAGUGACGCACAAUCAGAAGUAUAGAUGACUGUAUGACGCCAUCGAAGAUCAAUUUGAAAUUUGGUUGGAAGCUUAUUCGAGUGUUUUCACAUUGUAUGAAGUGCUAUUUAGAGCAAAUAAGCAACACACGGAUAGUGUGAUGCUGCGGAAAGUGCUGCCCAUCUUUUCCUUCAUAAGUGAGCUUUCGUAGUCGUAAACAGACAAGCUAAAUUAAUGUUAUGUCUUUUCUUUUGUGUUAAGAGCAUCAGUGUACGAUUUUUCUAUUUGCUGGGAAGCACAACGCGCCUUUAACAUUUGUUUUAAACAGGAUACAACUACUGCUAAAUAAUAAAAUGCAGGCUGACUCAAAUUUAGUAAAUGCACCACUUUUAAUGUGUUAUCUUCACUCGGCUGCUAUUUUCAGGAUGAUAAUGUUUUGUGGUGUUAAAAUUUAGCUCUUCAUUCUGACUGUACAGGCCUACUCAUCACGUGGUCGGGUCCCACAUGGGAAACUGCGCGAGCUCAAUACGAUCGAGAAACAUCAGUGCCUGGAUUGUCUGCAGGGUUCAAGUACUGUUUUUUUGGCCUCGUUGUUUUUUUACAACUAGACACAGCACACUUACCUCUGGUUUUAAACCUUGACCACACUGGUAUCAACAAGCGGGAUUACUGGUGACACUGAGUCUCCCAAAGAGACCGUCCAGCUGAUAAGAGCGGUCUGACAGGUCCGGUGAGGCUGCCAGGCGAGGCUUCUAACCCGGAAACACGGCGCGUCAAGCUCACGCAAACGAGGCAAAGCGAAACCGGAACAACACUGACGCUGCCUUCAAAAUAAAAGAACAAUAUUCGUAUCGGGGUUCGUAUAAAUCCAGUUUAAUUGGCAGUUUAACUAAGUAAGUAGAUGAAGUAAUGUACAAUUGAUGCUUUUACUCAACUACACAUUAAACAAGCAAUUAAUAAUACAAACGAAAUGCAUUAUGAUGUAUUAUUAUGGAUAACAAUAGGACUACUAUUGCCGAUAGUUUUAAAGAUAAUGUUUUGAAGACGAUCGCUAAAUGUGCUCUUGUCGAAGGAUUAUUCAUAAUAAUAAACCCACCACUUUAGUGUUAACAUACUAAAGGGAUUACAUUCUACAGCUGGAUUUUAUAACGUGAACGUUUUAAAGUGGAAGGCGUAGUGUUGAGACCCUUUAAGUAGGCACAGAUAACCUACCUGGUAAUAACAGCAGUAUAAAAAUAGUGCUUCAUUCCAAGUACAAUGUCUGCAUUAUCAGACUUCUCGUAAAAUGUAGACUUAUAGUUUGGACUCUAGAAAAGUUAUUUUACUAGAGAAUGACUAGGCUAUUUGAUUUCCACUAUUGUUACUCAUAACUCAAAUUGAAUUUCAAAAUGUUAAGAUUGAACUUAACACACUUUUAACUGCAUACUGUUGGGUAGUAGCUACUUAAAUACAUUAAACAUGGGCUAUUGGAUACAACAUAAA